AUGGCAGAGGGCGUGAAGCCGCCGGUUUUACAGGGCACCCGCUGGAAUCGUGCUAGGCAAGCCUCAGCCGAUGAAGCACAGGAAAGUGAUGGCGGUGCAGAUCCAGAGGCUACCAGCCUGGCUGACUGCUGGAAUCGUGAGCGGGUGGAAGCAGAGCUGGGCCUGCGAGAGUCGGGUGGCACCGAACAGCUCUUCGACGCCUCGGAGCCACAGAGGCUCAUCGCUGAGGGAUACCAGCGCGUGGUCUUUGGCGACCAUGGACCCUAUGUGGAAUGCGACCCUUCGCAGGUGGUUUGGGAGAACCUCCCAGAGGUGCUCUUGAAACCAGGUCAUGCCUACUACGACGAGUACUACACGAAGAAGGGCUUCUUAAGAUUGUAUAUGCAGAAACGAUCGGUGGAGCACAAGCAGAAUCCGCCACGGGGUGGGGUGCGUCAUGAUCGCGAAGGUGGCUACGCAGACUACAAGGUGGGCAUGUGUUACAUCUCGCCGGACAAUCUCACCGUUGCCCAGUUGCCGGCUCAGACUCGUUCUGUUGGGCAGCAUAGACGCUGGAAGCGAUGA